GUGUAUCCAAUUCUUUAUGGUUUUACGCACUAAAAAAGUCACUGUCUACAGACUCUGCAAGGAACUUCCAAACAAACAAAAAGUUGUUAUAGAAAUUCGAAAACAAGAAAAAAGCCACUAAAAGUAGAAAUCUUUCACGGACCCCAUUUUCUCAUCUUGCAGAAUUUUAUUGGAGAAGAGAAAGUGUUCAAGUGGGCAGAUUCUUGUACUUGUAUGGUAAUAAAACAAGUCACAAUUAAUGAUUUUUUCUUAGCAUUUAUCCAUCACGGGUUACUACAAAACAAUAUUUGUUUUUUAAUUACUACCACCCUAAUUAUGCAAGUUUCCUCUCUAUAAAAAACCACCCUACUCUAACACUAAAAUUUGCCUCUCUUUUCAUAUAUUUCUUCUAGUGUGUGUGUAUUCUCUUAGUUUUUUAUAGAGAGGUCAUGAAGAACAGAGGGAUGGCCUUUUCAUGUAAUGGCAAAAAUAGCCACUACUCUGUUUUCCUCUGUUUCUUCUACAUUCUUGGCUUCAUGUUUAGUCAUUCUCUGUUAGAAUUCAAGCCGGUUUUGGCUCAGAAUUCGCCCGUUUUCGCUUGUGAUAUCACGAGCAAUCCUGAACUGGCGAAUUUAACAUUCUGCGACGCGUCUUUGACGGUGGAAACAAGGGUGAGUGAUCUGGUGCAGAGAUUGACAUUGUCUGAAAAGAUUGGAUUCUUAGUGAGUGGUGCAGGUGGUGUGAGUAGGCUCGGGAUUCCACGCUACGAGUGGUGGUCUGAGGCAUUACAUGGAGUUUCAUAUACUGGUCCAGGAGUACAUUUUUCUGGUUUGGUUCCUGGUGCUACUAGUUUCCCUCAAGUCAUUCUAACUGCUGCUUCUUUCAAUGUCACCUUGUUUGAAACCAUUGGAAAGGUGGUAUCUACCGAGGCAAGGGCAAUGUACAAUGUUGGUUUAGCAGGAUUGACAUAUUGGUCUCCCAAUAUCAAUAUUUUCCGCGACCCGAGAUGGGGAAGAGGCCAAGAAACUCCAGGAGAAGAUCCAACACUCACCAGCAAGUAUGGUGCAGCCUAUGUUAGAGGCUUGCAACAAACAGAUGAUGGUAGCAAAGAUAAGCUCAAGGUUGCUGCUUGUUGUAAGCAUUACACAGCUUAUGAUGUUGAUAAUUGGAAAGGAAUCCAAAGAUACAAUUUCAAUGCUGUGGUAACACAACAAGAUAUGGAUGAUACAUUUCAACCCCCAUUCAAGAAUUGUGUUCUUGAAGGAAAUGUCGCGAGUGUGAUGUGUUCAUAUAACCAAGUUAAUGGCAAGCCAACAUGUGGUGAUCCAGACCUUCUUGCUGGGAUUAUCAGAGGAGAAUGGAAUUUAAAUGGAUAUAUAGUUACGGAUUGUGAUUCAUUGAAUGAGAUAUUUAAUUCUCAACACUACACCAAAACACCAGAGGAGACUGCAGCUUUGGGUCUAAAUUCAGGGGUGGACCUAAAUUGUGGAUCUUGGCUGAGUAAAUACACUCAAGGUGCUGUUAACCAAAAACUUGUGAAUGAAUCAGUUAUUGACAGAGCUAUCUCAAACAACUUUGCAACACUAAUGAGACUUGGAUUCUUUGAUGGUAAUCCAAGAAAACACAUUUAUGGAAACCUUGGCCCCAAAGAUGUCUGCACACCGGAAAACCAAGAGCUUGCUCGUGAAGCUGCAAGGCAAGGGAUUGUCUUGCUGAAAAACGCUGCAGGAUCGCUACCUUUAACUCCCUCCGCCAUCAAGUCCUUAGCGGUCAUUGGUCCUAAUGCCAAUGUAACCAAAACCAUGAUUGGCAAUUAUGAAGGCACUCCAUGCAAGUACACAACUCCCUUGCAAGGCCUAACAGCCUCAGUUGCCACAAUUUACAAGCCUGGAUGUUCUGAUGUGUCUUGCAACACUGCCCAACUUGACGAUGCUAAGAAAAUAGCAUCCACAGCUGAUGCUGUGGUCAUGGUAAUGGGAUCUGAUCAAUCUAUCGAAAGAGAAAGCCUGGACAGAGUUAAUAUAACGCUUCCUGGACAACAAUCAGUUCUAAUAGCAGAGGUUGCUAAAGUUGCCAAGGGUCCUGUAAUUCUUGUUAUCAUGUCUGGAGGUGGCAUGGACGUACAAUUUGCAGUCGAUAAUCCUAAGAUAACUAGCAUUCUUUGGGUUGGUUUCCCUGGAGAAGCCGGUGGUGCUGCCUUAGCAGACGUCAUAUUUGGAUAUUACAAUCCAAGUGGAAGGCUACCAAUGACAUGGUAUCCACAAUCAUAUGCAGACGCGGUUCCAAUGACUAUUAUGAACAUGAGGCCUGAUCCUGCCACAAACUACCCUGGCAGGACUUAUAGGUUCUAUACCGGUCCAACUGUUUUCACAUUUGGUCAUGGUCUAAGCUACUCUCAAUUCAAACACCGCCUAGAUCAAGCGCCAACAUUUGUAUCCAUCCCUCUCGAGGAAAAACAUACUUGUCGUUCAACAAAGUGCAAGUCUAUUGAUACUGUUGAGCAAAGUUGCAGCAACGUGGGAUUUAAUGUUCAUCUUAGAGUUAAAAAUAUGGGAAAGAUUAGUGGAAGCCAUACAAUUUUCUUAUUCAAUUCACCUCCCUCAGUCCAUAAUGCACCUCAGAAGCAUUUGUUGGGGUUUAAGAAAGUCCAUUUGACAGCACAAGAAGAAGGGGUUGUUAAGUUCAAUGUAGAUGUUUGCAAGCAUUUGAGUGUACAUGAUGAGCUUGGAAAAAAGAAAGUUGCAUUAGGACAACAUGUUCUUCAUAUAGGAGAUUUGAAACAUUCCUUCACUGUGAGGAUUUGAAGAGCUCGAGAUAACUUCAUUUUCUUUUUUCUCAAAAGAGAAAUAUGACAAGAUGAAAAAAUCUGAACAUUGAAUGAAUUGAGACAACUGUAACAAGUUUCUUAUCUUUUUGCCGAUUUAUCCAUCUUAACUAGAAGAAUCAAAAUCUUGAAGUGAAAUGAAGCUAUCUACUAAUUCUUGUA